AUGAAGUUUAGCUCGACUCUAUUGAGUUUGGCCGCUGUUGCUGCUUUCCCAAGCAUUGCCAACGCAGCUUCUACUCCGACUUGCGAAGAGCAAAGCGGUUGUAUCCAAUUCAGUGUCAACAAGUUGAACUCCGAUUCCUGUGGUCUGGGCGGAGAAUGUGCUGUUGAAGUAUGUAUGCAAGUGAAGAAUAGUUUCCCUGGCUGUGCCAAGGAUGACACUUUCAGCCACAUGUGUAUGCAGAGUGACAGCAACGGUUGUCCCGCAUGGAAGGAUGCCGAUAAGACUAUUCCUCUUUUGGGAGGUGUCGAAGACGGCGGGUCUUGUCAGAGUGGAAAGAAGUAUGGAGAAGGCUCUGGCGCUGGAGAUCAAAUCUUUCUUGGAAAAUGCGAAGAAAAGAGUGAUAUCACAAUGUGCCAAGAGGGAAAGCCAGGCCAGACUCUCUACUGGAUUCUCAAGGACGGAAAUGAAAAAAAUAACCCUUCGGAAGACAAGACUUUCACCUUGCCCUUCGCUCUUAACGGAGCAGACACGGGGUGUACCAGUGAUGUUAGAUGCUGGAACGAUGAGUACAAUUGUGGAGCUACGUAUAAGAAGGCACAAGCGCCGAAGGAGCGUACUUGGGCUUUCACUAUUCCAUCUUCUAAUGGAGGCUCUUGUGAUGCCUGUGGAACACCAGCACUCCCUCCUACCUGGACUCCUUUUGCGGAAAGGACGGUCAAUGGCGUUUUCAGCAACGACGUUUCGCCUGCCCGUUUGACUGCUCAUAUGAACGCCAACCCUGAUGCGAUUAUCCAUCGUCACUGUCCCAGUUGUUCCAAAGACUCCCACAAGGAUAUUUACUACAAGCGUGUGACUCCUGUCCCGGAUCAAGCUGCCUUUGAUGCGGAUAGUGGAGACGCCACUGAUUUUGUUGAUAUCUUUGUCAAAAACUGGAUGAGUACUCCCAGCAACGCUAUCAACACUGAUUUUAAGUUGUACAGCAGCUACGAAGAUGCUGUCGAAGAUGCGAAUGCCUGGACCUACUGCAACUACGAUGAUGAUUGGGUCGGUUUCCCGCGCGAUUGUGGACCAACUGGAUUUACUCCUGGUCAAUGGAUCUCUAUCCACUCAGGAACCUGGACCUUUGAAGUCACUGGAGAAGUUCCUGUUCUCGUGGAAGAGCCCACAGUUUGGACAACCUUUGCUUCGAAGGAUGCAACCUACUCUUCGAAUGUUUCUGGUGCUAGCUUGACUGCUCACAUGAAUGCCAACGCUGAUGCCAUCAUCCACCGUAACUGUCCAGAUUGUGCUGAUUCUCACAAGGACAUCUACUACAAGCGCCUCACACCUGUUCCAGAUCCAGCUACUUUUGAUGCCGACUCUGGAAAGGCAAAGAACUUUGUUGACUUGUUCACUGACAACUGGGUGGACACUCCCAGCAACAAACUCAAUGUUGACUUCAAGUUGUACAGUACAUAUGAGGAUGCUGCAUUGGACAACAAGGGGUGGUCGUUUUGCAACUACAACUCGGCCGGUGUUGGAUUCCCUCGUGAUUGUGGACCAACUGGAAAUAAGGGUGGCCAAUGGAUCAACGACGAGAACUGGUCUAAGAAGUACACUUUCAGAGUGACCGGAGAGGUUUCAAAUCUUGUCGAUGAGCCUGCUGAGUGGACCACCUUUGUUUCAAAGGACGGCACAACCAUCUCGAACUCUGUUUCAGCUGCACGAUUGACUGCCCAUGUCAAUGAGAAUGGUGCCAUCAUCCGCCGUAUCUGUCCAACUUGCCAGUCGAAGGAUCACAAGGAGAUUUAUUACAAGCGGAUCACUCCUGUUCCAAAUCAAGAUGACUUCGCCAGUGCUCCCAAAGUCUUCGACUUUGUAGACUUAUUUGCCAACGCUUGGACGAGCUCUCCGAACAACGAGAUCAAUGUGGAUUUUAAGUUAUACAGUACCUACGAAGAUGCUGUCUUGGAUAACAGUGCUUGGAGCUACUGCAAUUACGAUAGUUCGCAAGUUGGAUUCCCUCGCGACUGUGGACCCACUGGAUUUGCCCCUAAUCAAUGGACCACGACCCGCACGUGGGGUAAGGACUUUGUCUUCGAAGUUGAAGGAACGGUCCUUUUCCACGAGCUUGAUACUGUCUGGACUGAGGUUGCCAGUGUCACCAGUGGCACCUUUGAGCAAAACGAAGAUGUUACUGCCGAAUCUUUGGCUGCGCAUGUCGAACAAGAAGGUGCCAUCAUCCACCGAUCGUGCCCAUCUUGUGCAGAUACUCACAAAGACAUUUAUUACAAGCGAAUCACUCCUAUUCCCGCACAAAGCGACUUUGAUGGAGCGACUCCUGACAAUUUCUUGGACCUCUUCACCGAAAAUUGGUUCAGCACCCCAAGCAACAAACUCGAUAUUGAUUUCAAGUUGUACAGUUCGUACGAUGACGCUUUCCUUGAUGUCAACGCCUGGACUUAUUGCAACUAUGAUAAUGAGCAUGUUGGAUUUCCUGGUGAUUGUGGGCCAACUGGAUCCGAAGCUGACCAAUGGAACUCCAAGAGCCAAACUGGAAAGGACUACACGUUGUACGCUGCCGGAGUCAUCCCUUUGCCUGCAUACAAUGAAUGGGAUGUCAUCGCUAGCAGUGCUGCUAAUGUCAAGAAUGUUGAGGUCGAUGAUGCCAUGCUUCGACAACACUUGGCGACUACGAAUGGCAUUAUUCGUCGCUUCUGUCCUGGUUGCAGCGACCCUCUCCACAAGGAAAUCUACUACAAGCGAAUCACCCCACUUCCGGAGCCAAGUGAAUUCGACGGAACGACUCCAGAAGACUUUUUGGAUCUUUUCUUGAACAAUUGGUUCGAUCAGCCAAAGAAUGAGCUCAACGUGGAUUUUGAGCUCUACUCAACAUAUUUGGAUGCGCGUACUGGUGAGAAUAAGUGGGCCUACUGUAAUUAUAACGACGCUACUGUUGGUUUCCCACGCGACUGUGGGCCACAAGGAAAGCUUGGAAACGGAUGGAUCUCGAUGUCCAAGCAUUGGACCAGGGAUUUCAGCUUUGAAGUGGAAGGUAACUUGGAACCAGUGAUUCAAGCUGCAUCUUUGUCUGCUAUUGAAGAAUGGACUGUCGUUGCCGAAGCAACUCAUACUACUAAGACUAAGUAUUACGCGAGCGAAGCCCAUGUCAUGAAGCAUGUUGUCGACAGCACAAACGGCAUCAUUCGGCGACUCUGCCCCAGCUGUGCCGAAUCUCACAAAGAGAUCUACUACAGACGGUUGACAAGUUUCCCAACAGUUGAUGAGUACAAGAAUUCCGCGUCUGCCGCUAGCAGUUUCAUGGAUAUGAUGAUCAACAACUGGUACAGCUAUCCCAAGAACGUUCUUGACACUGAUUUUGCCCUAUUCUCUACCUACGAGGAUGCUCUUGCAGGAAUCAAUGCUUGGAACUUUUGCAACUACGAUAAUUCUGGAGUCGGUUUCCCACGUGAUUGUGGUCCAAAUGGAUUUGUUGCCUCCCAAUGGACCUCGUUUGAACGCAAUACUGGAAGAUUAUUCGCGUUCUCUGUUGAAGGAAGCGUCCCACCAGAACCUGAAUUGGCGGCCUUGGCAGAUUCGGAAGGGUGGACUGGAGUGGCCCGAAAGAGUGCAGGUAUCCCUUACCAGUGUUUGAGCGAUGAGGAAUUCCGCACACAAAUGGAAGCGACAAACGGAAUCGUUCGCCGUCUGUGUCCAUCAUGCACAAACCCAACUCAUCGCGAGAUCUACUACAGAAGAAUUACUCCCAUUCCCGACCAGUCAGAAUUCGAAACUUCAGAUGCUAAGAAUUUCUUGGACUUGUUCUUGGACAACUGGAUGAAAGAGCCUUCGAACGAAUUGAACAUCGACUUUGAGUUGUAUUCGACAUACGAAGAUGCUCGAAAGGGUCGCAGCAAGUGGACCUACUGCAACUACGAUGACAGCGGCGUUGGAUUUCCACGAGACUGUGGCCCGCACAGUUUCACUCCAUCUCAGUGGACUUCGACCUCUCGCAGAUCACAAGAUUUCGUUUUUGAGGUCGAAGGAAACUUUGCUACUGACAAUGAGUGCAAGCCACCACCAAAGGCAUGUGUUGCGACUGGUUGGGGUGAUCCACACAUGAUUACAUUUGACGGAUUGAAAUAUGAUGCGCAUGCAAUUGGCGAAGUUAUCAUGAUGAUGUCGCAGGAUUCUGAUCUCAUGGUGCAGGCCCGUUUGGAAAAGGUCGUUGGGCACGGAGCCGACCCUGCAGCAACAACUGGUGUGGCCAUCCGCGAAAACCCAAUGGCUGAUGGCACUGAAUAUCCGCUUGUUCAGGUAUCCAUGACAUCUGGAGAGAAUCCUCCCCUUACUUUGUUUAACUGUCCCGUUGAACUGUACAUCGAUCAAGUCAAGCAAGAGGAUCUUUUCGCUGGAUACCAUUCGAACGAUGUGAAGGUCGAAGUUCAUAUGAACACCGGAAGGAUCCAUAUUGAGUACCCCGACCUUCAGCUCAACUUGAAGGUUUUGCAGUUCAUGGACCUAUGCCACUUCACUGUUACCUACGCCUUAUUGAACGACUGUCGCCCCGAGGAGAGCAUCAUUGGUCUUCUUGGAUCUCCAGAUGACGACGCCACUAACGACUGGAUGAAACGAGACGGUACUGUUGUUGAUCUUCCUUCUGGUGGACUCUCAUCAUUUUUCUUCGGACCAGCGUAUGAAUACGUCACCCAGAACUGGUGUAUCUACACGGAGAACGAGAGUCUUUUUACUUAUCAGCCUGGCUACAACUUUACUUACUACGAGCACUGCGGCGUCGAUUACAACCCCGAGUUGGAGAGAUCUCUCGAAGAAGCCACUCCGGAGCAGCUCGAAAAAUGUGGGGAUGGGAAUACAGCAUGCUUGUUGGAAGCGGUGAACUUGGGUGAAGGUGCCGCCGAUCAAUCGCUUGAAACACCCGGUGCUGAUGAAGAAGAACCGGAAGAAAUCAAGCUUCUGAAAACAGAAGCCAGCAGCAUCAUUUCUGAUAUUGUCUUGGAGGUUCCUGAUACACCGCCUGCUGAUGGAGAUUGUCCUGUUUGCAGAGCCGUUGGUUGGGGAGAUCCUCACAUUAUCACUUUUGAUGGAGUUUCAUACGAUGUCCACGUCAAGGGUGAGCUAACUUUCCUGAAGUCAACCGAUCCAGAGAAUGACUUCACUAUCCAAGCAAGAACUGUCGCUGUCAAGAACCAUCCGAAAGGACCGGCCGUGACAAGCGGUGUCUUGGUUCACAAAACUGGACAACCUACUAUCCAAGUCUCUCUUGGCGAGGAUGAAGGAAGUGAGCUAGCAACUGGCUUCACUGUAAGCAACAACGAGUGUCCAGUGCAAUUGUUUGUGGAUGGAGAAGCAAGAGAUAUUACCACCGGAACCGGUUUGGCUGAUGCCACUGUUCAAGUGAAGGGCAAUCGCAUUGUUGUUGAGUAUUUGGAUCUUCAAAUGCGCAUGGAUAUGAGUGUGCGAUCGUGGAGGGAUGAGUGUCACUUCUCGGUGACCUACUUCUUGGCCGACUGUCCGUGUGAUGGUAGCUUGGUUGGUAUUCUUGGACAGCCAGAUGGUGAAUGGUCGAAUGAUUGGCACGAACCUGACGGAACCCCAGUUGAUAUUCCUCGCAGUAGUCGCAAGCGUCGUGGUCGCGAAGCAUACGACUACUCGUUGACUUGGUGUUUGGGUCGUGAUGCAUCGCACUUCACUUAUGAACCAGACAUGAGCCAUGGUGACUUUGACUUGUGUACUGGAAUCAAGGGUGAUGACAACUAUGAUGUCGAUGUUGAUGAGAUCAUCGAAGAAGCAAGCCCAGAGGUCAUCGAGCAGUGUACGACUGAUAAUACCUUGGAUGAGGGCUGUGUUAUCGAAUGCGUGUUUCUUGGAGAAGGAGCAUGCGAUGAAUAUGUCGAGAUUGUUCAGAAUACUCAAACUGCUGACAUUCCGGAUACUCCAGAGGAAACUCUAGAGGAAACUCCAGAGGACACUCCAGAUCUUCCUGAUAUUGACGACACCCCGGACGACACUCCAGAAGAUGACACUGACGUUGGAACCUCUGAUAAUAGCAACACCAGCCCCACUGAUACUGAAGGUAUCCCAGAAGACAAUGAUACUCCAGCCGAAGAAAAUGACACACCCUCUGGAAGUCUCGGUGAUCCACAUUUCCGCGCAUGGAACAACGAUCAUUUCGAAUACCAUGGACAAUGUGAUCUCAUGCUCGCCAAGGACCCCGACUUUGCUGAUGGUCUUGGAAUCGAGGUUGAGAUUCGUACCAAGCUUGUUCGAUUCUGGAGUUAUAUCAAGAGUGCUGCCAUUCGCAUCGGUGAUGAUAUUUUGGAAGUCCAAGGCUCUGCCGACCCCGAGGUUGGUGUGACCGAAUACUGGAUGAAUCUUGAAUAUCAAGGUCCCAUCAAGACUCUUGGAGGUUUCCCAGUAACUGUUUCCGCAAGAAGUCAGAGAAAGCGCAGCUUUGUGAUUGAUUUGAGUUCCAAGUUCCCCGGCGAGAAGAUCGAAAUCUCCACCUUCAGAGAGUUCGUCAAGGUCGACUUUAUCAAAUCUUCGGAAGCAUCCUUUGGUAAUGCCGUCGGUAUGUUGGGUGAUAAGAAAACUGGAAAGCUUCUCGGAAGAGAUGGAACCGAAAUGGAUGACUUCUACGCCCUUGGAGCCCAAUGGCAAGUCCGUCCCGAUGAAAACAUGUUGUUCCACCGUGCUGAAGACCCUCAGUUCCCCAAGGCUUGUGUGAUCCCUGAAGAUCCCCAAGGAGAACGUCGUCGUCGCCUUGAUGAGCAAUCCGUUACUGUAGAUCAAGCCGAGGCAGCCUGUGCUGCAUUGAAGAAUCCGCUCGAUCGCAAGGACUGCGUUUAUGACAUCUUGGCCACCCAGGACCUCGACAUGGUUGGGGCAUUCUAA